AUGAUCAUGGGCCGCGUGGUUGUCGGCAUGGGCAUGGGCAUUGGCAUCCUCGUUGCCGUGAACGUGAUGGUGGGCUGUGUUCUCGUACCGGCGCUCGUACCGUACCGCUGUUUCAAGCCACCACGACCAACGCAUCUGACGCAAGAAACGCCACUGCAUCUUGACGAGUUCAAGCAGAGUGUCGACGGCAUCCUUAGUGAGACCGAAGACACCUGA